UGGCUCCUUGUGUGCGCUGCGCGCUGCGGCUUUUCGCGCCUGCGUAGUGCGCCCCCUCCCUUUCUGCCUCCUCUGCCGCCAUGGCGCCAGUGAAAAAGCUUGUGGCGAAGGGGGGCAAAAAAAAGAAGCAGGUUUUGAAGUUCACCCUUGACUGCACCCAUCCUGUAGAAGAUGGAAUCAUGGACGCUGCCAAUUUUGAGCAGUUCCUCCAGGAGAGAAUCAAGGUGAAUGGGAAAGCUGGGAAUCUUGGCGGAGGGGUUGUGACCAUCGAACGGAGCAAGAGCAAGAUCACUGUCACCUCUGAGGUGCCUUUUUCCAAAAGGUAUUUGAAAUAUCUCACCAAAAAAUAUUUGAAGAAGAACAAUCUUCGAGACUGGUUGCGUGUUGUCGCCAACAGCAAAGAGAGUUAUGAAUUGCGUUACUUCCAGAUUAACCAGGAUGAAGAGGAGGAGGAGGAUGAGGAUUAAGACACAUUGGUCUGGAAUGUUUUGUAUUAAUUCAUAAAUAAAAUUUAGGAACAAAA